AAAAAAUAUACUUGUUUUCAGAAUAAAUAUUAUUUAAUUAUCAUUUGAAUAUCUAUAUAUAAUAAACAAUACUGACAGUUUUCAAACUUCUUUAGUUUCAGUUCACCUGUCGAUUUUAUCUUUUCCCAGCUGUCUUUCUCGGUUAUUUUUAGGUUAAAUUCUAAAAUAAAUUCAAGAAACGACCAGUGAGACUUUGUUAUGGUUAUGAAACAGUAAGGAGCUAUCUUCUGCCGCCUAAAGAGCGUCAGAUCAAAGUAAAUCAUGUCAGGAGAUGUACAGCCAAGAAGGAGGAAAGAUAAAAAGAAAAAAAAAGAUGAUUUGGGCGUAGAGGAGCCUCGUGGCACGGCAGCGACUCUUGGCGAGGGUGAUGUCUUUAUGCACUCCCAACAUGAUCAUGGCACUGGUGGACAUUGGUGUGCGAAAAUAAUAUUUUUUUCUCUUUUGGCGGUACUGAUUACACUUGUUGGAUUGAUUAUACUAGAAAAUAGAGGUCUCACUGAAUUGGAAGCCAACUCUGUUGAGUCACGAUAUUCCGGUGUUCUGGAAGGUUGGUUAGAAGAUACUCCUGAUGAUGAUCAUCAUGACGAACAUACUUUAGAGUUAAAACACCCUGAUGAUGAUAUUGAAGAACAUGUUGAAUCUGAUCUUGAAGAUGAAGAAGGGCACGAUUUAGAUGAAGAACAUGAGGAUCACGAAGAUGAUGAAGAGCAUGAAGAUGACGAAGAAGAGGAUGAAAUUACUGACAGUAACGAAGUUGAUGGUGACGAUGAAGAGCAUCAAGACGAGAGAGACGAAAACGAAGAUGAUAAUGAUGAAAGUGUAGAAAAUUUAGAUGAAACGGAUGAUGAGGAAAAUCUAGAACAAGACGAUGAUGAGCCAGAGGAUGAAGACGAGAUAGAGAAAAUCGAAAGGGAAUUCAAUGAUGACGACGAGGGUUCAGAAGAAGUUCCACUCAAAUCGUCUCUUCAUGACAGAGAAGAUGAAGAUGUAUCAAAAGAAGAUGCUACACAAGAGGAAGAUGAAGAGGACGAGGAUUUCUUAGAGGCGGACGAUGAUGAACCACCCGUGGAGCGAAUCACAACGCCACCGGCUGGGAAACCUUUUGUUGAGAUAGAAGAAGAAACAAUAGUAAAACCUAUCGACACAUUAGCCGAAGAAGAAGAGUAUGAAAGGAAGCAAGAAGAAUUGCGUAGAGAGGAGGCUGAAGCAUCCCACAUGUGGCUGAAGCUGGCGGUGGGCGGCGCGCUGGUCGCGGCCACGCACGCCGUGCUGCGGCGCGCCACGGCACGCGAUGCCCCUGAACCGGAACCGGAAGAGCCUCCAAGACAAGAGACGGCUCCUAUGCCCGACCGAAGGAUGACUCUUGUUUCUGAAGAACCGUCCACGUAUGUAGCACAAAGGCAACCGCAACCAGCUCCACGUUCAAUAAGUGACGAGCACAUUUUCAAAAAACCGGCUCCUGUAGUAAUGUCGGCACCAAUAAUGAAACAAGAUAUUGAACGAGAAGUAAACGAAAAAAAAACAUUACGUGAUCAGGAGAUUCCAGAAGACAAAACAAAGGAUGAAGAAGAAAAAGAGCUUUACAGUGAUGAUGAAGAAAUCGAAGAAGAAGAGGAGGAAGAAGAAGAUAUUGUUAUCCCAACAAGAAUAACUACCCAACAGAAGUCUCCGAUUCUAAAGACAGAACAUAAAGAAGAAGAAUCAGAACCUGAAGAAGUUCCCGAUGAUGUCGAAAUUAUAGACGAAGAACAAAUUGAAGAUGAAGAAGAGGAGGAGGAACAAGAUGAUGAAGAAGAAAUUUCUGAUGUCGAUGAUACGGAAUUGUUAAGUCGAUUAGAAGCUAAAUAUGGUCGCCUCCCCGAACCGGAGAGACCCGGAAAACACAAGGAAGGUGGAAAUAGUAUAGAAGAUGAAUGGCCAGGUGAACCCAGCCAGUCGUACUGGCGCGAACAGCUUGAUAUCGCUGAAGAAGAACUGCGCCAGGGCGCGUGGGCGGCGUGCGAGCGGCGCGCGGCGGCGAGCGCGCUGGGCGACAGCGGCCGCGCGCGCUGGCUGGCGGCGCGCGCGCUCGACGGCGCCGCCGAGGCGGGCAAGGACAACCGACUCCUCUCCAGGGCCAUAGCCGCAUACGUACAUCUUCUCAAAAUGAACGAGCGUCUCUCGGAUGCUAAGCUUCUGGAAGUUGCCCGUCGGGCCAUAGAUAGAAUACAAUUUAGAGGGACGUAUCUGAGUGCUGAGCCUAUUUACAGGCUUUUAAUAAGAAGAUUCCCUCACGAUGUCAACCACCGGAACAAUUUAACCGUUACCUUUCUAAUGGCUAACAGAGCCGACCUGGCAAGUGAGGUCCUCCAAGACACGCUCCGACUGUGGCCCAACGAUCGCGUCGCUCUAGCCCAUCACGGCUUCGUAAUGAAGAACCACUACAACAACCUAGAGGAGGCGGUCGUGUACCUCCAGAGAGCGCUAGAGGACGACGCCGGCCCGCCCGACGCGGCGCGCUUCUACUACCAUCUCGGAGACGCGCUGCUGCAGCUCGGCCGCCCGCGGGACGCGCAGCUCGUGCACGCCCGCGCCGCCGCGCUCGGACACUUUCUUUCCGCCGCGCAACGCUCCCUCUACAACGUGCCGCGCCUGCGGGGCCGGCCCUGGUGGCCCGUCGAGGACACCCCGUACGCGGGCCUCGCGAGGGCGCUGGAGAGGUCGUGGCGGGACGUGCUCCGGGAGGGCGAGGAGGCCGGCGCGGCGUACGAGCGCGAGAAGGAGGGGUUGAUGGAGCGCGGCGAGUGGUCGCAGCUGGAGCUGUUCGUGCGCGGGCGCGAGGUGGGCGGGCGGUGCGCGCGCGCGCCCGUCACGUGCGCGCUCGUGCGCUCCGAGCCGGCCGCCGCGGGCUGUCGGCGCGGGCAGGUCAAGUUCAGCGCCAUGCGCGCCGGCACGCACGUGCGCGCGCACGUGGGGCCCACCAACUGCCGUCUGCGCCUGCACCUGGCGCUCAGCAACACGGACGGCACCUACAUCCGCGUGCACAACGAGACCAGACAGUGGCGCGUCGGUAAAACGUUCAUAUUCGACGAUAGUUUCGAACACGAAGUCUGGCACAACGGAACUGGGACCCGUAUCGUACUCAUCGUCGACUUGUGGCACCCCGAUCUGACCGCUGCAGAGAGGCGGCAACUACCCGCAAUUUGAUAUACCAGACAUUUCUUUAAAAAAAACUGGCUAUAAUUUGAAUGAAAAAAUUUACAAUUCGUCUACUGAAUGAUAUUUUACAAUUUUUGACGAUACAGUGAAGAUUCGAUAUUUGCAUUCGUAAUAAUUUAAUUCUUAUUAUUGAUUAUAUGUGUAUGUAUGCCUGUAGUCAUAACGCAACGGAGAUCAAAGAUGUAAUAUUAUUUAGUAUAAAACAAUGUUUAUGAAAUAAGACGAAAGUGGAAUCUCUGGAAUAUUUGAAUCUAUACUGUAUUGACGUUUAUAUAUUUGUAAUUCAUGAUCAUGCAUUUCUCUUUCUAUUAUUUAUUUUAAAUCAAUUCCGUAUUAUGUAAAUAUUUAUAUGAUCAAAUAAGGAAUUAUUUACUAUAACUUGUAGAAUAUUUAUAUAUUAGAUAUAGCGCUUCAAUCAUCCUUUUUAUUACUAACAAUUUAUUUAAAGAUGUUUCUUUGCUGGUUGCUUUUUGUUUGAUAUAUAUUAAAAUUGUAAUCAUAAAAUACAAUUACAAUGCUCGAAUGUUUGUUUUUAUUUAAAUAAAAAAUAUAAAUUUUA